UGUAGCGAGAGAGGCUGAACUGUAUCUGCACGAGUAUCUGCUAUCAUCAACUACAUUUCUCUUAAUUGAGUCUUUGGCCGAAAAAGACUGCUUUUCUUUUCAAUUCCCCGUUCUGUGCCUUCUUUACAAUCGAACGCGCGCGUGGUGGAUAUACCAGAAACAUGGGCAAAGUCCAAGGCGGGAUGAUAUGUGUGAAAUACCUGCUUUUCGUUUUUAACUUCAUUUUCUGGCUCUCCGGCUCCCUGGUGGUGGCGGUGGGGCUAUGGCUACGUUUCGACCCGGACACCAGCAGCCUCCUGAACUUGAAGGGUGCCCCAGAGGAAUUCUACAUCGCCGUCUACAUCCUCAUCGGUGCCGGUGGAGUGAUGAUGCUGGUGGGCUUCUUUGGCUGCUGUGGAGCCAUGCGGGAGUCACAAUGUCUCCUUGGAUUGUUCUUCGCCUGUCUGCUGGUCAUCUUCGGGGCUGAGGUUGCUGCUGGAGUCUUUGGGUUCUUGAACAAAACACAGAUCAUCGAUGAUGUGGAGGGCUUCUAUCUGAACUCUCUGGCUGAUGAGAAGAACGGCACAGCCAUCACCAGCCUGUAUCACAGUGUGCUGCAGUGCUGUGGCACAGAGGCUUCCCCGUGUCAAGACGCCGACCCAGGAACAAAGGAUUGUGUCAAGGCUAUUGAUGAUUUUUUCAAUGAGAAGCUCUUCAUCAUCGGCUAUGUGGGCAUAGGCAUCGCAGGGGUUAUGAUCAUUGGGAUGGUCUUCAGUAUGGUCCUUUGUUGUGCCAUCCGAAACAAUAGAGAAGUCAUUUAAUCACCCUCACCCCACCCCACACACACACAUAUACACACACACCACCCCUCCCCCCUAAAUCCCCCAUACCCAUCUCCAGCCUCAGCCUGUAGGGUUGUCUGGGCAAUACUAUUUUGAUUUUUGACUGAUAAGGGGGGUGGGGGGGUGGUGUGGCGGGGGUCUCAUCUCUUGACAAAUGAGGGAGGGCAGGGUGGCUGUGAAAAUGGGGUGGCUGCAGAAUAACCGCACCGCACAAAAACACUCUUUAUUCAUAGAUAUUCUUUUUCAGUCGGGCUCAUUUCAGUAAGUUUCAGGUUGUGAGUGUGUGCACAGCAGUAUGUGUGGUGUUUAAUGAUGACAUCAUCCUAGUGGAAGACACACUGCUUCAGCAUUAGUCCCAGCAUAGUGCUGCCCGACCCCCCAAAUUUGUCCAUUUUCUAUUCCCCUCCCUCUCUGCUCCUCUAACCCAUAUUAAUUUACUCCCCUGGCCGCUGUGUUUGCAACUGGCCGUCAGCCGAGUUGUAUCAAUUUGGACACCAGAUGGAAAUUAGCCUUUGUGCUAUAAUCUGGCACGUUUGCAUAUAUGUUUGUAUGUAUAUGUUCAUUAAUGUGCAACGUCCUGAAAAAUAAAAUAAAGUAAGUAAGUAAUUAGGUAGAAGUACUCUUACAAAUGUAAUUACAACACUAGUGGUAUGAUAUUACAUGGUUUCCACUUUGUAAUUCCAUACUACUAUUGUUGUAAUUGCAUCUGUAAGAGUACUUCUACUUUAUACAACUCCGGCCGCCAGCCAUCCCCUCCUGCACAUACAUGGUCUCUCUACUGUAUUUGCGUAGGCUGAGGUGCGCACAGGGCUUGUGUACAUAUAUAGCUGAGGUCCGGAGGGUAAGAGGCCGUCCGCAUAAAGAGACUCCUUGUGAGAUGUUUUCACAUCCAGGAAUCACAUGGAGGUGGAAAGAACUUGCUGGAAGGACUUCUGGAACUUGGCCUCUCAACCCAGGCGCCUGUGAAGGGCUCCUCCCCUCCCUCUCCCUCUUGCUGAGCGCUUCAGACCCAAGUUCUCUCGACAGCUGGACACUUUAUGACUGGUGAUUCAGCCCGUGUGUCACUGAAUUAUAAGAGCAUUACCACACUAGUGACGACAGUCAGGUGUGAUUGGAGAAGGGAUUCCUUCCCUGAUGACAUUCAUUGUAGUAAGGUGAGGUAGGGAGCUUCAGGUGCUCAAUUGAAAAGCCCUAGCUUAUAGUGCAUUCCAUCAGCCAAUAGUGAUGAUAUUCCUAAAUUGUUUGUUGUCCUGAGUACUGAGGAAUUGGGAAAAAAAAUGUCCUAUGCACACCUAUCCAAAAUCCUGAGUGUUCUGACUGAUACAGAUUACCCUGUGCUGCUCAGUUGGCACACAGUUCCCGUGUUUUAUGUAAUGUAGCUAGACUAUGUGACUCACAUCUUCUUUCUUUUACUACCUUUGAUGCUGAAAUGGGUUUUAAGACCAAGUCUGACCAGCCUGCCUAUUGUCAGUUCUGUCUUAUCCAGAGAAAUCCAGACCCAGUUAAAAAACAAAAGCAAUAUACUGUAUAAUUGAAAGCUAUACAUCAUCAAAAGCUACUCAUCAUCAUCUGAAUGAAUGAUCUGAUUGGUUGCAGCUCUGUCCAGUAAUACACAAAGACAUUUAAAGGAUGCCCGUUGAUCCUGUCCCUAAGCACUUCCUGUCAAUGGAAGGGAGGGCUUACUGUACCUCACUCUACUUAGGCCUACUAUCUGAAGCUGUCUAGGAGCUCAUGGUGAUAGCCAGGCAAGAACAGGACACUAUGCUAUCUUGUCAUGUGAGAAGGGAUAGGGAUACGGCUGCUGAAAGCUUUGCACAGGCCUAUAGGACAAAGGGAUCUGAAAGGGCCCCCCUUCCAAUACAUACAAUGCAAUGAGGACCCAAUUCUGGGUCCCCUCUCUCCCUGGGCCAGGAACAACUGACCAGGUGUCAGCUUCCUUGGGGAUAGAGAUUUCGAGGCGGAUGGAAUGCACUAUUAGGCAAUGAGGAGUUAAUGGUGGGUUUGGGGCUCUCUCCUUCCUAACCUCAGGCUCCUCUGGGUAGAGAAGAAGGCUGCUGUGGGAAUGUUUCAGUCAGGGGACACUGCCAGAAAUGUGGCGGAGAUCAUAGGUUGUAAAUAUAUCAAAAGAAGUCACCUUGUCAAGGUGCCCCACUCCAAAUGUUUGUCAUUCGCACCAUGCUUGCCGUUUCACUCAUCACUCACACUCAGCCCAGACUGUGGACGCGGUCGGUGUAAGCAAGUCUUGCAGUCUCUGCAGCCUUAUUCACAUGCCUUUAUAAAAAAACCACCUACGCCCAUAACUUGCUACACAGUGAAUUGUGCGGUGAUAAUUCAACAGUGAGUCAAUCUAACAUCUUUUAGAGUGUAUAGUACUCUCUAAGUGUUGAAUUAACACUGCAUUUUUUUUUACUGUGUAGCCUACAUGUGACUCACCCAUGCCCAUCAGAUGAGAUAACCUACUGUAUGUCGUGUCAUGGUUGUAAGAGCACGCAGGCUGAUGCUAUCACUGCUAAGACGACACAUGACAAGCCUUGACAGGUCUCACACACUUGGGAGACUCGAGAAGUUUCUCUCGAAGGUCCCAUGAGGUCCUCCCUCAUGAAUCAUCUGGACCUACUCAUGCUAGGGCUAGUGGCAGGCACGAACACCUACACUAACACCCUUAACGUAACCACUUAAUCCUGAAUGGUCGUCAGCACAGUCAGUCAGUAGGUCUCAUGGCCGUGGCCGGGCCUGGUGAUCUGGAUGCCGUGUGUGUGUGUGUGGUUGUCAAGGUUCACUACGUUACUUUAAGGCCUUAAUGUCUUAAGACGCAGGAGGUAAACAUACUCACAGACGCCCACACAUAUACACACAACUCAUACGCCCACACAAAAGCUCAUCCACCCACACACUCACUCACGUACACAAAUAGGUUACACAUCCUGUACCCAUUCACAUAAAUACAUGAGUGACGAGAAGAGUUAAUUAUGCCUAGGAUAUUUUUAAAACUAAUUCAUAGUUAUUUAUAAUUCUGAAGUAACUGAUUUUAAUGUGUGCUCCAACAAGUGAAGCCUAAAGAGGGCAUGUACAUAUGAUAUCUGUGGCAAACCAAACAAUGUGGGUAUCUGAAGGAAAUGCUUUUUCCAGCAAAAAAAGGGGCGGUCAUUUGAGGAAAAUCAGAACAAAAACACAGAAGUAACAGAUAGCUAUAUCUAACUAACUGUAGGUUGGAUGUCCAACAACCAGCCCUUUAUUUAAAAGGGCGUCAAAUUUGAAUUCCCACAAUGCCCUGGUUGCCUUGGCAUGGAUUAUUUGUAAAUGAAUGACAUAAAUUUGUGUUUCCGAUGAAGUGAAUUUGUCAGAACUCGCUUGCUUACAUGGAAGCCGCACUGCCUAAGAGCCUGCAGGCUAAUGUGAUGGGUCCAAGAAAGGCCUGGCCCUUCGCCAUUGUCUAAAUGCCAGCUUUAAUUGGUUCCUUAGCCUCCAGUGGUUGGACUGCAAGACCCAGAUUUUCGGUGCCUUCUCAGAAGCAUACACUCCUACAAAAUAGGGUGCAAGUAGUGGAGAAGAAUAUAAAGUCUUAACGUUCCAUUUUAUUGUUACAAGCACAAACUUGUCCUUUCUGACACCCUUUUGGAAGGUGAAGCAUCGCUCUUGCUUGUUUCAAAAAGCCGAUUGGCCACAGGUUUACUAUGGGUCGUAAUGAUCUGUCCAUCAUCAGAUUUUGGAAGUAGUUCAACAACAAAACGAAUUGCACUUGUUAAUGACCUUUGAAGGGUUCCAGCAAGAACCCUUUUAAAUCCUAUGAUCACAGUCAUACAAGUGGUGUAGGGAUCAGAGAGGGUUCUCCAGAAAGUCCUCUUUUGGGUGUAUCAAGGCAGGCACAGGCUUGUUUAUGGGCUUAUUCUAAGCAUGCUCUGUUAUGUGUCUGUUGUUUGCGUGUGUAUAAAACGUUGCUGUGAAGAAAUGUACAUUUUGUGUCAAACUGUAAUAUCUCUUUCUCUUUUUCUCUCUCUGUUGUGACAGUUUGUUUUUGGAAUGCACACGAGAUGUGUAUACUAUAGCUGGUGUGUAGAUUUGUGUUUGCUAAUCAUGUAAAAGGAAAAACAAACGAAAAAAAAUGGAUGCUUUUCAUAGCAUGACAUUUUGUAGCAGUUUCUAAAUACAAAUUGCUUUGAAAAAUAAAAGGUAAUGAUAUGGUAUUCGGAGGUUAUGAGUGACUUCAUU